GUUUGUUUGGGUUUAAAGAGUCGCCUAGUGAUCGCUAAAGAGGAAGGAAUAAAUACAGUUUAAUCAUUUCAUGGAUGCUGGAAACAUCAUCUGAGGGUUCCAGUUCUCUCCUGUGAAACAGGUAUUAUUAAACAGGUGUGCAGCGGGUGUGAAGUCGUGUUUGGUGAAGAUGUUUAGUGUUUAAUAAACACUCGUCUCAGUUCCGGUCAUGGAGUUCCGCUUCGGGAACGUGGUCUUCAGCUCGCGCUUUGACUCGGGGAAUCUGGCCCGUGUGGAAAGAGUUGAGCGACCAGAAUCGGACGGUGACACCGGCAGAUCAGCCAACGGUUCAGUGCACGCACAACCCGACUAUGAGUUCAACGUGUGGACGAAACCCGACUGCGCCAGUACGGAGUUUGAAAAUAGCAACCGGUCGUGGUUUUACUUCAGCGUGCGAGGGAUGUUACCGGGGAAACUGCUGAAGAUUAAUGUGAUGAAUAUGAAUAAACAGAGUAAACUUUACUCGCAGGGCAUGGCUCCGUUCGUCCUCACACUCCCUGUUAAAACGCGCUGGGAGAGGGUUCGAGAGAGACCAACAUUUGAGAUGUCCGACAGUCAGUUCGUCCUGUCGUUUGUUCAUCCUCUGCUGGAUGUUCGGGGGGUCACUACAUACUUCUCCUUCUGUUAUCCGUUCUCAUACACCGAAUGUCAGGACAUGAUGCUGCAACUUGACCAGAAGUUCAUCAGCAGCAAACACACACUGGGACCCUGCAGUCCUGUCGAGAGUAUUUACUAUCACCGUGAGCUGUUGUGUUACUCUCUGGACGGACACAGAGUGGAUCUGAUCACGGUUUCGUCCUGUCACGGACUGUUGGAGGAGAGAGAGCCGCGGUUAGACAGACUUUUCCCCGACCUCAGCACACCACGGCCACACUGCUUCACUGGAAAACGGGUGUUUUUUCUGAGCAGUAGAGUUCACCCCGGCGAGACGCCAUCCAGUUUUGUUUUUAACGGUUUCCUGAACUUCAUCUUGAGUCAGGAAGACCUGCGCGCUCAGACGCUCCGCCGGCUGUUUGUUUUCAAACUCAUUCCCAUGCUCAAUCCCGACGGGGUCGUCAGGGGUCACUACAGAACAGACUCGCGCGGUGUGAAUCUUAACAGACAGUAUGUAAACCCCAGUCCAGAUCUGCAUCCCUCCAUAUACGGCGCCAAAUCUCUUCUACUCUACCACCACACACACAGUCACCUUGGCAACAGUGCUGCCUCCGCCCUUAAAACCUCCAACCAAUCAAACACCGCUCCUCCUCUGACCACGGCCACUGAGCUGGAGCGCUGUCUCAACAUGCGUAAUGAGGCGGUACAAGUGGAGGGGCCGACUCCAAUGCAGCUGGAGGAGAGCUGGGAAAAGGGCGGAGUCGAGAGGGAGGCGGGGCCUUGUGAUGAGAACGAAUCAACGGCGAGCAGAGGGGAAGCGUCGCCCGUAUCAAACCCUGCCCUAUCUGAGCAGAUCCCGCCCCAGGAGAGCGGAGUGGCCUAUUACAUCGACCUGCAUGGCCACGCCUCCAAAAGGGGAUGCUUUAUGUACGGCAACAACCUGACGGACGAGACUCAACAGGUGGAGAACAUGUUGUACCCAAAGCUAAUUUCACUAAACUCUGCUCACUUUGACUUUCUGGGCUGUAACUUCUCAGAGAAGAACAUGUAUGCUCGCGAUAAACGCGACGGUCAGUCGAAAGAGGGCAGUGGACGCGUGGCCAUUCACAAAACCAUCGGCCUCGUACACAGUUACACACUGGAGUGCAAUUAUAAUACAGGCCGCUCGGUUAACACCAUCCCACCCGCCUGUCAUGAUAAUGGGCGAGCCACACCCCCUCCAUUGCCCACCUUCCCGCCCAAAUACACACCUGAGUUGUUUGAACAGGUGGGGCGUGCUGUUGCUGUAGCAGCACUGGAUAUGGCGCAGUGUAACCCGUGGCCGCGGUUGGUUUUGUCUGAACACAGCAGUCUGGUGAAUCUACGCGCGUCCAUCCUCAGACAAGUGCGCAACAGCAAGAGUCUGAUGUCCAACAACCGACGAAACGCCAACACAAAGUCCAGCAGCCCACCCAAACCCGCUAGUUUGAGCAGUUCGGCCUCUGAGAACUCACUCAGCCGUGAGCAGAUUAGCGCUAACGUUAAUGGAAGCCGCCAGACGUCUCCUCAGCUCAAGAACUCACCGAGCUUCACCUUCGGCAGUAACGCGUCCAGCCCGGCCAACGCUCAUGGCACCAGCACACACAGGCACUCUAACAGGACCCCGGGGCCCGUCAGAGACUGUAAAGCUCAAGAGAAGAGACGACCGCAUCAUCAGCAUCAGCGGCUCACCCUCCGCCAGCAGGCCUCCGCACACCCCUCUAUCUCGCCCUCUUCCUCCUCCUCAUCCUCCCCAUCCUCCUCGUCCUCAGGAGGGGCCCCGGGCCCCUGCUCCAUCAGUAUGGCAGUGUGCCUCAGAAAAGACGUCCCUGAGUCUGGUGGGCGGGGCAUCAAGACUGGCAGACCAGGUCUCGCCCACUCUCAUGCAUCACAGCAGAGGAAGGCGUUCCCAGCACAGGAACCUCAGCGGGAGUCUGUGGAUUUCUUGACAUUUAUAGAAUACAGCAGGUUGGAGCGGCAGCCACGGCCCAGUCGUAUCCCGGUGCGGAAGGACAGUCAGUCAGCUGUACCCCCUCUAUCGGGCGACUCCGAGGCCCUGAAAGUUUGGAAACUAAUCAAACCCAGCAUCAAAAAACACCUGGCAGGUGUGUCUGGGAAAGACGCUCCUUCUCUGCGUCUGGCCACGAAGGUCCUCCUGAGGAACCAGAGUUCAGGAGGCACCACCAAUAAAACACCUGCCGCAGAUACACAUGACAACAGAUCACUGCAGACAUGAAUCUCCUCACACAUGGCCUCCAUGUUGAACUGUAUAUGAGUCUUCACAUUAGAGCUGCUGAGACAGUUAUAAAUGCUUAUAAGCACAAGAGUGGGAGCAGUUCGACCAGCAGACUUUCACAAAUAUCAUAUAACCAAUAAAGUAACCGUCAAACCCACAGGUGCCCACACUGGCACAUUUCUGUGUUUAAACUCUCCAGAAAUGGCCCCAUUGACUUCCAUUGUAAGUGUCUCACUGGAACACACAUUUGUGCUUUUAUAAAGAAAAGGAGGGACCCGCUUUGUGGUGAUCAAUAUUAUAUUAUGCCACAAAUGCUGUCGAUUGAUCUUAACUUCUCUUGAACCCGAAUAUUCCUUUAAGAAUACUAAACUGUAAAUCCAGUAACUCCAGAAUCUCCAGAAACUCUUUAAA